AUGCAAAAAUCUGGUUGGUCAAUUGGGCAUUCCUUCAGGCUUUGUUCAACCAAAAUGAGGUUUCAAGCAGUUAUGGCCGAUCCUGCCGUCCUCAAACAAAUUAAAAUCCAAACUGGUGUGGUGAAACGUUUGAUUAAGGAACAUGCUUCUUAUAUCAAAGAAGUUGAGAAAGAAACCCAAAAGAUUGAGAAAAUGAAGGCUGAAGCUAAGAAUGAGGACGAUGAAUAUGCUGUGAAAAAGGCUGGCCAGGUCCUACAGGAAACUCGUGGAAUGAUUGGCGAUACUGCCCGUCGCUGUGUGACAGCCACAGCGGCUCUUCAGAAAUUACUGUACCUCUUCGCGAAGGGAAUUCAUAUGCCUAUCAACCAUUCGCUCUAA